UUUUAUACAAAAAUGGGCAUGAAAUAUGCAUCUUUCAACAUUCUUCUCCUCCUCCUACUGGUCAUGUAUGCGGAUGGAAGGGUAGAUUCAUUAUCUCACAUGGAUCAAUCAGUGAUGGUGUUUUUCACCUUGAAAGAUCUUGAAGUCGGGAACUCGAUGUCCAUAUAUUUUCGAAAGAAAGACUCAUCGACAUCGCCUCGAUUUUUGCCUCGGGACGAAGCAGAAGCCAUUCCUUUCUCAUUAACAGAACUCCCUAAUCUGCUUCGGUUCUUUUCUUUCUCGGAAGACUCUCCCCAGGCCAAAGCAAUGGAAGCUACACUUCGAGAAUGCGAAACUCCGGCAAUCAAAGGGGAGAUCAAAUUCUGCGCUACGUCGAUAGGAUCGAUGCUUGAUUUUGCUAUAAGUAUCAUCGGAUUGAACUCUGAUAUCAAGAUCUUCGCAACCGAACAUCAUACGAAGUCGAGCACCCUUUUCCAAAACUAUACGAUACUAAAAGAACCAGACGAGGUACUGGCUUCGAGGAUGGUGGCUUGUCACACGAUGCCCUACCCUUAUGCUAUACUGUAUUGCCAUACCCAAGAGACUGAAAACAAAGUGUUCAAGGUAUCAUUGGGUGGUGAUAACGGAGAUCGGGUGACGGCAGUGGCCGUUUGUCAUAUGGAUACUUCGCAAUGGAAACACGACCAUGUGUCGUUCCGUGUGCUGGGGAUCGAGCCUGGAAUGCCCGGUGUUUGCCAUUUCUUCCCGGCAGACAAUUUUAUUCUAGUCCCGGAAUAUUGAAUUUGUAUUAAGUGUCUUUUUCAUGAUACUCAGCCCCAAGACCUAGGUUAACUUGAGUCCCAAAACUCACAGAAUAAAUGUUACGAUGCAAUAUAUAUUGCAUUGUAACAUUCAGUGCGUCAGUGUUAUAAAAAUAUUUUAUGUUCAA